CUGCGUGUAAACUACAGUUGGCACGUCUGUGGAAACAACACAGGACGCUACGGCUGGAUACUCGUAAAUAACUGGAUUUUAGAGGCUUUUUCUGAAGAAUUUCAAACCGUGAAAUACCAUAACUAGGUGUUGUUACUUUGAAGCAUAAGGUGGCCUUUAGCACCGAGAACAACACUUCUCUGGGAAGGCGAGAGCGGAGCAGGAGUCGGCGGAGUUUUUCUCGUCUUUCUCACUCUGCCUCUCUCAUGCCAUCUGUUUGAGCGCCUGUGUCAAGGCCGUUUCAUAACAAGGACUUCAUCUGUUGCAUGCGCGACUUUGAGUGACACUUGUUCCUGCACAUAAUCCAAAACAACACUCUGGCUUUUAGAGAUUUGUGACAUUUAAAAAAAAAAAACAUCCCCCAAAAAAUCUAUUUAUUCAUUUAUUAAAUUUUUACCUGCAGCCAACAACUAUGGUGCACUUGUGUUUACACAGUAGUCCCACCUAACUUUGAGUAGCUCCAGUUGAGCCGACCUGAUUCGACAUUAUUAUGAGUUAUGACAGCUCCACGUCUACGCCCAGCAGCAGCGCUCGACUGCGAGAGGCCCACGAGAGUAAGGACCAGCAGCCCGAGUCGCAGCAGAUAAAAGCGCAAAAGUCCAGCUGCAACCGGUCCGAUGUCGCAUGCCGGGAGCAGGGAAGAGCAGCCGAUGGGGGGUUGCCUUCGCCCACGGAGGGGUCGGGAUCCGGAAGUCUGUCUGGGGACCAAAGAGGGACGAACUCGGACGACAUGGAUGGACUGUCCAGCGGAAACGAUUCCGGGGAGAGGGACAGCGAUGGCAGGAUGGCGAGGGGGGGCACGUCCUGCAGACACCAGUCCACUCGCAGCUCCCACAGUCACAGCUCUUCAAACGGGAAGGACUCCGGCGUGAUGCUGGAAACCACGGAGAGCAACAAGAGCUCCAACUUCCAGAGUCUGUCGCCUCCCAACAGCUCUCUGGCCUACAGCCUGCUGUCCAACAGCUCGGAGCACGACCCCCCCUCCACCUCCGGCUGGAGCAGCGACCAGUCGGCGAGACUCCAGACUCAGAAAGAACUAAUGAAGGUCAUCAAGGAGCUGAAGGUCCGCCUGCCACCUGAGCGCAAGGCCAAGGGUCACUCCAGCACCCUGAGUACCCUCAAAUACGCUCUUCAGUGUGUCAGACAAGUCCGAGCCAACAGGGAGUACUACCACCAGUGGAGUGUGGAGGAGUGUCAUGGCUGCAGUCUGGACUUGUCCACCUUCACAAUCGAGGAGCUCGACAACAUCACAUCAGAGUACACGCUCAAAAACACGGACACCUUCUCCGUGGCCGUGUCGUUCCUGUCGGGGAAGGUCGUGUACGUCUCGCCCCAGUGUUCGUCUCUGCUGCGCUGUAAGCCCGAGUGUCUGCAGGGGACGGUGUUUUCCGAGCUUUUGGCUCCGCAGGACGUCAGCACCUUUUACAGCGGCACAGCCCCCUGCCGUCUGCCCCCCUGGGCCUCCUGCAUCGGCUCAGCCUCUCCUCCUGUCGACUGCACCCAGGAGAAGUCCAUGUUCUGUCGGAUCAGCACCGACCGGGCGCAGGGCGGGGAGAUUCGCUACUACCCCUUUCGCCUCACGCCCUACCAGCUCACCCUGAGAGACUCUGACGCCGCAGAGCCUCAGCCCUGCUGCCUGCUCAUCGCCGAGAGAGUUCACUCCGGAUACGAAGCUCCUCGUAUCCCUCCAGACAAGCGGAUCUUCACCACCAGUCACACUCCCAGCUGCCUCUUCCAGGAGGUCGACGAGAGGGCUGUGCCUCUGUUGGGCUACCUGCCCCAGGACCUGGUGGGGACCCCCAUCCUGCUCUCCAUCCACCCAGAGGACCGGCCCACCAUGGUGGCCAUUCACGAGAAGAUCUUUCAGUUCGCCGGGCAGCCGUUUGACUACUCGCCGCUGAGGAUGUGCGCCCGCAGCGGAGAAUAUCUGACCAUCGACACCAGCUGGUCUUCGUUCGUCAACCCCUGGAGCAGAAAGGUGGCGUUUGUUGUUGGGCGCCACAAAGUGCGAACGAGCCCUCUGAAUGAAGACGUGUUCACCCCGCCGAUGGGCUGCGAGAGCCGGGUGACCACGCCCGACAUCAUCCAGCUGAGCGAGCGGAUCCACCGGCUCCUGGUGCAGCCGGUGCACAGCGGCAGCUCUCAGGGCUACAGCUCGCUGGGCUCCAGCGGCUCGCGGGGCUCGCGCCGCUCCCACCAGCAGCACCUCAGCGCCUCGGCCGCCUCCUCCAGCGACAGCAACGGCCCCGCCAUGGACGAAGCUGCCGCCACCGUCGCUUCACACAAACCCAUGACGUUCCAGCAAAUCUGCAAAGACGUUCACACGGUGAAGACCAACGGGCAGCAGGUUUUCAUCGAGUCCCGCAACCGCCCGCCACCUAGAAAAAACACUAACGCGGGCGCUGCGGGAAUCAGAACCAUCAACAGCGAUUCAAUCAGAGGUCUGAUAGCAGACAUGACUCAACCUAAGGCUUUGGUUCCCGCGCCUCUCGCGCAGAAGGAGCCGUCCACCGGAUACUCCUAUCAGCAGAUCAACUGUCUGGACAGCAUCAUCAGAUAUUUGGAGAGCUGUAACAUUCCUACCACCGUCAAAAGGAAGUUCGGCUCCUCCUGCACCGCCUCCUCCACGUCCGAUGACGACAUGCAGCCCGACACCGGCGGAAACGGCAAAGGUGGUUCAGUUAACCUCGUAAGUGAACCACCUCCUCUGCCUCCUCUGACCAUGGCCUCCAAGGCAGAGAGUGUAGCCUCAGUUACGUCUCAGUGUAGCUUCAGCAGCACCAUCGUCCAUGUAGGAGACAAGAAGCCUCCCGAGUCAGACAUCGUCAUGGAGGACGCUCCAACCAUUCCCACCCUGGCCCCUCCUCCGAUUAUUACACCAAGCCCUCCCACCGCCACCCUGACUCCUUUCACAUGUGCUCAAACGCUGCCUGCCAACACUAUCGUCAACUCAUCUACCCUUCCUCCUCCUCCUCCUCCUCCACCUCCUCCUCAAGCCAGUCACCCUGAGAGAGACAGCUGGAGAAAUGGAGGGGGAGGAGCCAACCGGCUAGGAUUGACCAAGGAGGUGCUGUCAGCUCACACCCAGCAGGAGGAGCAGGCGUUCCUCGACUGCUUCAAGGACCUCAGCAAGCUGCGCGUCUUCGAUCAGACGUCUUCAACUGUGCACACGCCGGUUGCUCUGUCUCGAGGGGUGCGCUGUUCUCGGGAUUACCCAGCCGCAGGAGGGGGCACCAGUCACAGACUGGGCCGUGGCGGAAAGAGACUCAAGCACCAGGAGUCAUCGGACCAGCACAGCUCUUUGGGCCUGAACGUGAACCGUCAAGACCCCAGAGCCAGUGCGGGGCCCAUGUCCCUUAACGGGCCCCUCGGAGCCCCCACAAACUCCUCCUCCUGGCCCUCUGCCUUCUCCCAGGGCAGCAUUCCUGCGGCCCCCUUCGCCCCCGGCAUGCUUCCAGUUUACCCCAUCUACCCGCCACUCGCACAGCCCCUCCCUGUCCACGACCCAUCCCGUUUCCCUCAGACCCAGAUGGUGCCCCCCAUGAUGGCCCUCGUUCUGCCCAACUACAUGUUCCCCCAAAUGGGGGCGCCCAUUUCUCAACCCGGACAGUUCUACAAUCCCAACUUCAAUUACCCCUAUAUCCCACCGGUCCCCAUCCCCUCCAUGUCCAACCCGGUCCCCAUCCCUUCCGUGUCCAACCUGGUCCCCAUCCCGGGUCCCUGCGCCCUGUCCCGCAGCAGCACCCCCCAGUCCUUCACUCAGACGCCUGGGGACCGUGACGGCGCCCAGUCGCCCCUCUUCCAGUCCCGCUGCUCCUCACCUCUCAACCUGCUGCAGCUGGAGGAGUCGCCAAGCAACCGCCUAGAGGUCGCCACGGCACUGGUGACAUCACAGCAGGCCACGCCUUCUGUGCAGGGCGGGGACUCAGCCAAUCAGAGGAGCGCAGACGGUACCUCCAAGGAGACGGAGAACGCUGAAGCGAUCGAGUCCAACCAGGAUGCCAUGUCCACCUCCAGCGACCUGCUGGACCUGCUGCUGCAGGAAGACUCCCGCUCUGGCACCGGCUCCUCCGGCUCCGGGUCCGGGUCCUCGGGCACCAGGUCCUCGGGUUCAGGCUCCGGCUCCAACGGCUGCAGCUCCUUGGGCACCAGCGGCACCAGCAGCAGCCAGGGCAGCCACACCAGCAAGUACUUCGGCAGCAUCGACUCGUCGGAGAACGACCACUCCCGUAAGCAGCCGGCGGGGGGCAGCGGAAGGGGCGAGGAGCAGUUCAUCAAGUGCGUCCUGCAGGACCCCAUCUGGCUGCUGAUGGCCAACACGGACGACAAGGUCAUGAUGACGUAUCAACUUCCUGUCAGGGACAUGGAGACAGUGCUGCAGGAGGACCGCGAGGCCUUGAGGAACCUGCAGAAGCACCAGCCUCGCUUCACGGAUGAUCAGAAGAAGGAGCUGAGCCAGGUCCAUCCCUGGAUCCGGACGGGCCGCCUGCCGCGAGCCAUCAACAUCCCCGGCUGCGCGGGCUGCAAGUGUCCCCCUUCUGUGCCCCCCGCCACCCCGUUCGACGUGGAGAUCCACGAAAUGGAGCUGUGCACCGUGCUGAAAGCGCAGGAGGAGUGCACCGGUUCGGCCGAGAAAAACCUCACGGAGACGGCCAUGGACGACGUUCAGCCGGAGGAGGAGGAGGAGGAGGCGCAAAAGGACGGUGAAGACACGAAGGCAGACAAGCAGAGCGCAAUCUCAGAGACUGUCCAGGAAAAGACUUAAAUUGAAAGAAAAACACGUACGUUCAUCGCGACCUUUCUGCCGCUCCGCAGACAAACACUCACGUUCCAGGACUUUGAGCUCGGGACGCCAGCGUACGACCACCGAGCUCCGCCGGGACAAAAAGGUGCCGGUCCUCGCUCAACACACAGGACAUUUGAUUCGUCUGAUUCCUAAAGACCAGCCGAUAUAAAAACACUCAGUUUUACAGAGUGAUCUGGUCCUUUCUUCCCUCGACGCUGUUCAUAUUUAUUGAACGUCACGUCGGAGGAGGACGCAGGUGAGCGUGUUGGACGAGCAGAAAGAUGGACGGUCACCGGUGAAGACUUCUUAUUGACUGUUUAUGAGCUCUGCUCUCACUUCACUCUUGUAAAAUACAAUUAAAUGUUUUUUUAUAAAUAAUAAAAAUCACAUAAAUAAGAAGCUACUUUUACAUUUAAAAGAAAAUGUGCAGUAAGAGUUAAUUUUUUUAAAGCUUGAUGUAUUUUUUUAUACUUUUAUCCCCUAAAAAAAAUGC